AUGAAGGGGUCUGUGGCUCUCCUGGCCGGCGCCCUACCCGCUCUGUUCUCGCGCCCUCAAGAGAUCACUACUCGAACACCGACAUGUGCCGGGGGCCCUGCUGCAACCGCUGCUGCUGUGGCCGCGUCAGUAGCAUGGGCUUCGAGACCGACUCCGUUUGCUGCUCGCCGCAGGCAUACAGGGACGCGAACAAGCAGCAGUGCGCCACACCGUGCGCGUCCAGCGUCCGCCCGCUGCCGGCAAAAGCGUCGCGCCACCGGCGCUGAGCCCGUCCGCUUCGGCAGCAGCAGUCUGGCCGAGGGUCCGGCUUGGGCUUCCGAGACGUCUUCUGGCGGCGGCGGCGGCGGCGGCGGCGGCGGCAACAGCGCAGCAGCUGGCCUGGAUCGCGAGCCGGCAGCUACUCGAGCUGUCGACGAGGGCGAGUUGACGUGCGGGAUGCUGGAGGGCGUGGUUUCUCGAGAGGCUGCGCUGAAUGGGCAGGAGAUGGUCCUCAGGGUGGCCAAACUAGAUGACUAUUUCGCGAUCGCAGACGUUAGAUUCGAUGUAUUCUCCCCGGUGCACUCGACCCUCAAGCACCGCUUUAGAGAGAGGAGCUGCUUGCUCAUGAGGGAGAGAAGGCGAAAGGGGGCGUUUUGCCUCGUCGCCGCCCUGGAUGGUCCCGCAAGAGUGGCGGCGGCGGCGGCGGCGGCGUCCGAUAGGGCUGCUGCUAGCCAAAGGGAAGGGGGGGGGGUAGGGUUGGGGGAGGACCCCGCUGCUAGCGCGGCGGCGGCACCGUUAGAGACGGCGGUUUCCGAUGGCCACGUCCUGGGGACUUUGGAGUGCUCCAGGCACGAGUUUGACGGCACGCCUCUGGCUGUUGAAGUCGAAGAACAGGGCGCAAAAAUCGCAAGGUUAUACCUCACAGAGGUCGCAGUCCGAUCGGACUGCCGGAGAAUGGGGGUGGGGCGUGUCCUGUUGGAGUUGGUGGAUGACGUCGCGAGGGCGCUCAAGACGUCGGAGGUGUUUCUUCACGUAAACGAGAUCAACCAGGCAGCCUUGCGGCUUUACGCGAGGUGCGGCUACGAGGAGGCUCCGAAUUCCGCUUCGAACCGAGCCUUCACGAACAGCCUCGGCCUCUCGGGGGGCUUUAUCGGGCAGCGCCAUCUCCUCCUGCACAAGACGUUCCCGGACACCGAUGGCAGUGACGGUGAUAGAGGGAACUAGAUCGGCCUGCCGUUUGCUCCUCGUAUUUUUUUCGCGUUCAUCGGCGUUUUGGGCCCUGCUCGAAAGCCUUCGCUUCCGCGAGGCUCUGUUGCUUGGAGCUUUCUGGUGUUUCCACGCCGAUUGAUUGGGCGUGGUCGGCGACGAGUUGCCACGCCCGCGUUGAGCUUGUGACGAAGCUUUUGUUCGCGUGUGGGAUCCGGCGUUGUCAUGUGUCCGAAAUAGUCUAGUCCCUACGAGAGUCUUGGCAUGUCUUUUGUUCCUAGAAUUUCGAGAGUAUUGGCAUGUCUGAGAAGAAGCUUGUGGGCUCUCGGAGUGGUAGGCGCGACAUCCCCCUCCGCCCCCGCGGCUCAAAUUGAUUUUGGCGCGUGUCUC